CUACCCACUCGGCCACUCCUUCGAAGGCGACUUGGGUGACUCCCGUGCCAUUAUUAUCAGCUUCAUCAUCCGACUUUCGUUUUCUACACUCUAAUUAUUUUUUGUGAUAUUUUGUUUUGUUGAAAGGAUCCGAAACCAAUCAAUUCAGAGAAAACAGUAAACUAGAUGGGAAAUCUGUUUGGUUGCAUUCAAGUUGACCAGUCAACUGUUGCUAUCACGGAGCGAUUUGGUAAGUAUAAUGAAGUUCUUGAGCCUGGAUGUCAUUGCCUCCCUUGGUGUUUUGGAAGCCAGCUUGCAGGCCAUCUGUCGCUAAGGUUGCAGCAAUUGGAUGUGCGAUGUGAGACCAAGACAAAGGAUAACGUAUUUGUCAAUGUGGUUGCAUCAAUUCAAUACCGUGCCCUCGCACACAAGGCCAAUGAUGCAUUCUACAAACUGAGUAAUACGAGGACCCAAAUUCAGGCCUAUGUGUUUGAUGUAAUCAGAGCAAGUGUUCCAAAACUUAAUCUGGAUGAUGUAUUUGAACAAAAAAAUGAAAUUGCUAAAGCCGUGGAAGAGGAACUCGAGAAGGCUAUGUCUGCAUAUGGGUUUGAGAUUGUUCAAACUCUCAUUGUUGAUAUAGAACCAGAUGAGCAAGUGAAACGGGCGAUGAAUGAAAUCAAUGCUGCUGCAAGAAUGAGGGUGGCAACCAAUGAAAAGGCAGAAGCUGAGAAAAUUUUGCAAAUCAAACGAGCUGAGGGUGAGGCUGAGGCUAAGUAUCUCUCAGGGCUUGGCAUUGCUCGUCAGCGACAAGCAAUUGUGGAUGGUUUAAGAGAUAGUGUGCUAGGCUUCUCAGUCAAUGUGCCAGGGACCACUGCAAAGGAUGUCAUGGACAUGGUGCUGGUCACACAGUAUUUUGACACAAUGAAGGAAAUCGGUGCCACCUCUAAGUCCUCAGCUGUCUUCAUUCCCCAUGGACCUGGUGCUGUUCGUGACGUUGCUAGUCAGAUUCGUGAUGGACUCCUUCAGGGCUCUGCCUCUGCACACCAAUGAUUGUUAAUAUUUUCCUAGUUUUUCAAGGUUGUGUUGAUACAGGUUAUGUGUGCAUACUAUGUUUGUCUGUCGAGGUUCCUUAUCGGAAAGUCUUGUUAAAUGUUGAUGUCCAUUUAAAAUAAUUUCUGUACAAAUUACCCUGGAUGCUAUGUUAAAACUUGAAAGUACAGGAGCGUCACAGUACCUCCGGAUGGUGAUAUUUAUCUAUUGUGAGCUUUCAAAAUUAUGUUGCAUA